GAAUCAAAACAAAAUCCUCAUUCAUUGAAUGAAAUCAUUUUGGCAGAGAGUGUAAUAAGGAAACGUUUUAUUUUGUAAACACUAUCCUUUUUCUUUUUGUUCAAUUUUGGUCACAUAACCUUAUAUGUAUUUCGGUAAACCAGUCGUGAUAGUACAGUUUUGCUAAUUUUUCGCGAGUGAUAAAUAACCCGAAGCUUCAUAAAAACUGCGAUAGUGAAUUCACCCAGUAGCCAUCUUAUUUUUUAAACGACCUUGAAUUGUGAUACAUAUUUCAUUGGAAAUUGACGAAAGGAUCGAGUUCUAGCAAAUUAAAUGAUCACCACUUUACUAUGGACUGGAUUGGUGUAUGAGCAUGUGAGGAUACGAUCGUAACUAUUGUUGUUAUAAUUUAACAAGCUUUUUUGCACAUCUGUUAUGGAUUUACAAUCUUAUUUUGGUACAUAUGUGUAUGAAAAAGACGAGAUGAUGAGUAGCUCCAGUGUUCAAUCGAGACCCAACCCCAACCUUACGGGGGACCCUCAGCAGCCUUUAGACCGACAGCAAAUCACGUCUGACAAUGGAGUCAAUGGCAAUAAUAAUCUUAAAAACUACGUGAAUAAUAAUACGGCUGUAGAUAACAAAAAAGAUGAAAGUGAUUGUACCAAAGAGCUGAACACCUCGAACAAUGAAGCUUGCGAAACACAUGACCUGGAAAGUGCAACCAUGUCGGCCAUGUCGGGUAGCGUCAUCUAUAAUAUCAACAGUACAAAUAAUAGUAGUAAUAAAAACGAUCUUCAAAAUAAACACCACAACUACUCAAGAUCAUUCAACAGUCAGCUAAAAGCUAAACCAAGUAGCGUCAAAAAAUCAUCUAAAGUAGAAGAUUUAACGUUCGAUGGGAGGGUUCCAUCAAGUUUCUCCAUGGAAGAUAUAUCGCUGGUAAACAGCAGUUUUCCUGAAAACGAGGUGCACCCAACAGUUCCAGGCGGCACAACACCUGAUCAUCAUGCUCGGCGGCCAAUGAACGCAUUCUUGAUAUUUUGUAAACGCCAUCGAGCUAUCGUCAAGGAUAGACAUCCGAACUUGGAGAAUAGAUCUAUCACUAAAAUACUGGGAGACUGGUGGGCAAAUUUGGAUAAGGAACAAAAGUCGAGCUAUACGAAUCUCGCAAAACAGUAUAAGGACGCGUUUUUCUCUGCCCAUCCGGAUUUUAAGUGGUAUAAGCUGCCCGCUCCGCCAUUACGUCCUCAAGUGAUGCGUACAGUGAAAUUAGGACAACCGAGCCAAUACGAAACUUUUAACUUCUUGCCAGAGGCGAAUAUGCUUGGCAAUGAGGGCACAAAUAGCAUUAAGGGAGAAUCUGUCACUACGGAUGGUUAUUUUUUGUAUCAAGAGGCAGAACCCAAUCCGAUUCUGACCAAGACCCAGUUUCUAGGCGUCUUCAAGCUUGCUGAUGAAGCACAAAUGGGUAACCUGAACAAUCUGAUGAAAGACCUGUCACCUGAGGGUAAUGAAUAUCAAAACGACCCUCAACAUGAUCCUCUGGAUCACAAUGUAGUGGCUUCUGAACAUGAACCUAUAUCGACACAACCAACGGCAAUGCCAGAUUCGUACAUUGAUACGAAAAACAACUUUUAUUCCAAUCAUCCGAAUUACAUAAGCCAUGAAGAGAGUGUCUGUGAUAACGAACGUAUCACCGGAAAAAUCGGUUCGAUGCACUACGAAUACUGUGAUGAGGAUUACACCGGUAGAAAUGUACGAGCUUGCAAAGGAAAACGCUAUCAAGAAUUUAUGGCUCUUACUAAACCUAGUACCGGACCUAAAAAGUCUUCAAAAAGUGCCACUUUCGUUAGGAAUAUACUAGAGACUAGCAUUGUCUCAGCUGGCACUACUUUGGAGGAACAAAAGCCUGAAAUUGUGGAAAAUUCGACGUCAGAAGAGAAAGGUGGUGUUAUUGAUACAUGCGAAAGUAUCCCUAUGAAUGCUGAAUGUAAAAACUUCGACACUUCCGAUUUCGAUUUGGACACAAAAAUAAGUGAAUUACCAUGCCUGAAUCUUGAUGAAUAUCUGACCAAGAAAAAGAACACAAAGAAACGAAAAAAAGUUAAAGAAAGUAAAUUCAAGUCAACAUUGAAGCCUCGCGCAAAAGCAAUUGAGCAGAAAGAGAAGAUAGUUGGCAGCCGGAAACGCAAGGCUCGCAAGGAAAGCAUCACUCGUCGGGAUGUUACUAUGAUGGAAAAUACGGUGCCUGGUUCUGAAGGCUUGAUUCAUGUCGUGACCUUCACAGAAGUAGCGGCUAAUGAAGAAACAAUCUAAGUCAGAAUAGCGAGCAUGUUGCCUUAUAUUGGCAGAACGAUUGGUAAUGUUCGAACAGCCAGUGUUUUUUUUAACGAUAGACACCUAAUGAUCCUAGUAGAUAUUUUGUCAUUUUCAUAUUGUCGUAAAUAAAGCGUAGUAUCAGCUUACGCAAAAUGAUUAAGAAGUAGUUAAUAAUGAUGGAAGAAGUAAAACGAUAUAAUCGUUAGCAUAUUUUAAAAUUCACAUUUUGUUGAUUUGUUUUUAUUCUCCAUCUUCUAUGAAACGAUAGAAUACACCAUAUAAAAGUCAGAAUAGUGAUAUAUGUUGUUAUUCAUAUUUCAUAAGCGUUAUAACAGAAAUGUAGAAUCGUCUGUUCGUUUUUCGCAUGAAUGUAUUGUCUUGAAAGAAUGAUCUUGCUAAGAUAUUCCUUCGUUAUUUAAUGUCAACUAAUCGAUAAUAUGUUUCGUAUUUUUUCAGAGCUUCAUGAUAUAUAAAUAUCUGGUAUAAGGGAAAAACCAUUGACUUUCACGAAAAAGAAUAUAUUUUUGCCUAUAUUAUCAUAAAAUUACUACUGUAUAAAAUUCACCUGUUUUGUUCUAUUAAAUUGAUCAAGUACAA